UUCAACAAAACGUUAUUUAGAAAAAUAACUAAAUUGAUGUAAAUAUUACAUAACAGAUUGCUCGUUCAGUUGUCGCGUUCGUAUUUAACUAGUUGCUGAGAUAACGUUAUCGAAGUCAGUAGAUGUGGGAUGUAAUGCCGACACGUUAGGUCUACCUAUUCAUUACUUAUAAACUGUUUCAUACGACUUGAUAAGUAGAAAUUUAUUGAAGAUGAGUUCAAGAGUGUGGAGUACUACAUCAAAUGGUGAGAUCGAAGUAGUUUCUUUAACUGCUGAAAAACUGGAAGAGAGUUUACAUGUUCUGCGGGUUGGCUUCUUUCCACAAGAAAAUGUAUGUAGGGCCACUCAAGUAGCACAAAAUUUAAAUGCAAUGAAAGAAUUAGAAAAUUUAUGUGUCGAUGUUGCUAAAGAAGGAUGCUCAAUAAUUGCAAUAGACAGGAUAACUCAAAAAGUUGUUGGAGUGGCUUUCAACAAAUUACAGAAGAUCAAGUUGGAAACAGCAACAAGAAGACUAUGCCAGGAAGAUUGCAAGCGCUGCAGGGAUGUUGAGGAGCAUGAGGAAGUUAGAAGAAUAACUGUCACGGGUGAGCAAUGGCAGCUUUACGACACAAGACAGAACAAAACUCUGAGUCGGUCCUAA